GGUGUCCUUCUUCUUCCUUUUUACGUAUCCUCACUCCUGAAACAAGACCAAAAUUAUUGAUUUUUAAUGCUAGUGCGCUACCAAAUGAAGAAUGGGGAUAAUUCUAGUAGGAUCAACAUAGGCCUAUGUUGGUAUAAUAACACCAUUCCAAACAAUGCUAAAUUAUAUUCAGAACAUUUAUACUAGUAACAUAAGGUAUGUGAAAUUAAUGUUCCAAAUGCCUUCAUAAACAUGAUUUCAUUUGUUAUUUUACACGUAGCAGUAAUACUUUGGUCACAAGAAUUUAAGUUACGGUAUGUAGUUGGAUAUGGAUCGACGGAUCGACGGUGCCUCUCCUGCCCACUCAUGGAGGGCCCGAGGCUCCCGUUCGGGCCAGGGCACGGCCUCUCGGCUCUGGCAUUGGGCAGGGAAAGAAAGUAUUUGGAACGACUGCGCGGCACCGCAGCCGAGCCGAGAUAGCAGAGGGGAAAACUUUUGAGGUGCACCGAUUGCGUCGAUGGUUUUUCUCAGAGAAACCGCUAAAGUGCACCCAAGGGUGUUUGGCAAUAUUGAAUGUACAGAUUAAGGAUUUUUACUAGUUACUAACCCUUUCACACUUUGUAGAAUGACGCAGUCUUCGUGUGCACUACCGUGCUACAUUGGUUGAUCCCCAAGCACCGGCAUCCAAGGAGGGGCUUGGCGGGUUGUGCAGGGGUGCGUGUGCGUUUGGGUGCACCGGCAUCCCGGUUCUUUUCCACCACCGGCGCCGAGAGAGCCCGGACCGCGGAAUUCGCGCUCUGGAAUCGAUCGGAUCGCUAUCGGAUCGGGCGGGAUCGGUGUUGCGUGCGUGCGUGCCCGCUCCUCUCGGUUCAGAACCCUUGCCCGGCGCCGGCCUUGCGCUUCCGCGGUGUCCUCGAGGGUGCGCCCCCGUCGUCGCUGCUCUCGCUGCUCUCCCCGCAAAAGUCCUCGUCUUCCUCGUCGUCAAAGGCCUCCUCGCCGUCGAUGCUCCAGUAGCUCUCGCGCUGGAGGUCGCACCAGCACCGGUCCCCGUCGUCGUAUUCCAGAAACAAAAAGUGCUUGUUGUCCUUCGCGCACUUGGUGGCGAGGCCGCAGUACUUGUUCCCGUCCUUCCACUGCACCACGAUGCGCUUUCCGAGAAAGCCCUUGUCCAUGUCGUCGGUCAACUCAUCGAGCCGAAUAAUUUUCUCGGGCACGACCUUGAUGGCCUUUAUGCAGUUGAGGUCGACCCAGUUUUUGGUCUUGUCCUUGUCCAGCCAGUGGAGGUACACCCAUUGCUCGCCCUUGGUCUGCUGGGUCUUUGACGGAUUCGGAAAGUACUUGCGGACAAUCGCCUCGUGGUAGUGCUCGUCGUGGUAGCUGUCCACCGCUAUCGUGCACCCGACCGGAUACUUCUUGGUGAGCUCCAUCCGUGCCUUUUCGAAGCGUCUGGCGAUGGAAGCACUUUCCUCGUCCUCCUCGCUCUUGAUUUUGGAUUUGGCCCCGCCGGUCUUGGUUUUGGUCGCAGGUCUUCUGCCGGGCCGUUCGUUGUCCGGCGAGAGGUUGUACCAGACCUUGUCCCCGUCGUCGUAGUGGAUGAAGACGAAAUUCUUCUGGUCCCUCAGCGACUUGAUGAUCU